UGACGUUUUCAAAUUGGAGGACGGCACCAUUCGACCAAGUCGUUGAGUGUUUUUCUCUACCCGUCAUGAUCAGUGGAUUUAGGCAUCUGUUUUCCAUCAUAUUUAAUCUGGUAGCGGUUGUUUCUCCUUUCAUUUUAACAGUCUGUUCAAAAUGUCGACAUUCAGGAAACGUCUUGUUCGAAGUUUGGUCAAUCACGGUUUAGCUGUAGUGGGCUGUACUACUGUUUUAGUUACAUAUCAUUUCUCAACAAGUGGCGACGAGAGAUUUUACAGAUCCAUCGUCAUGCCAGCUGUCAUGAAGGUGCUUGAUGCGGAACGCGCCCAUACAUUUGCUGUUUGGUUGGCUUCGAAAGGUCUUGUUCCUGCGGACAGAACUGGGGAUCCAGAAAUAUUGAGAACCACAGUAUUUGGUGUUCCAUUUCCUAACCCAAUUGGAUUGGCGGCAGGCUUUGACAAGCAUGGUGAAGCAGUGGAUGGAUUGUUAAAAAUUGGAUUUGGCUUUGUGGAGAUUGGAAGUGUAACCCCUUUGCCACAGGCUGGUAACACCAAGCCAAGAGUUUUCAGACUCACAGAAGAUAAAGCUGUUAUUAACAGAUAUGGUUUCAACAGCGAUGGACACGAGACUGUCCGAUCACGACUAAAGGAGCAGAUCAAAUUUAGGGGUCACCCACCUGGAAUCCUUGGUAUAAAUCUCGGUAAAAAUAAAGCUUCUGACAAUGCUGUAGAUGACUAUGUCAAAGGAGUGCAGUGCUUCAGUGGCUUGGGAGAUUACAUGGUUAUCAACGUUUCCUCUCCAAAUACACCAGGCCUGAGAUCUCUACAGGGCAGACAAGAAUUAGAAAGACUUAUUGACAAGGUACUUGAGGCUCGCAGUUCGUUGCCAAUAGAUGUGCAACAUCCUAUAUUGGUGAAGAUUGCUCCAGAUCUGACAGAAGUUGACAAAGAAGACAUUGCAGCUGUGGUUACAAGGAAACAGGGUGGAGUUGAUGGAAUUAUAGUGACAAAUACAACUGUUGCUAGACCAGAAACAUUACAGAGCAAUAACAAGAAAGAAACUGGUGGACUGAGUGGAAAACCUUUGACUGAAAUGUCCACAAAGACAGUGUCAGACAUGUACAGACUUACAGAAGGAAAAAUACCAAUUAUUGGUGUUGGAGGGAUUUCUACAGGUCAAGAUGCCUAUGGCAAAAUCAGAGCCGGAGCCUCAUUGGUUCAGCUGUACACAGCCCUUGCUUAUGAGGGACCACCCAUUGUGAAGAAAAUAAAGAGGGAACUAGCUGAACUCCUAAAUAAAGAUGGUUUCAAGUCAGUAGAAGAAGCUGUCGGUAUUGAUCACAUCAAACGGAGUUGACUACUGGGAUGCAAGAAUAGAAGCUUUCACUUGUUCUGAGGAAUAUCAAUGCUACUCACGAUUUCUGUGAUAAUGGAAAGCACACAAUAUAGUUCCUUUUUUUAAUUCAUCCAUCAGGUGGUAUUUAAUUCCAUGAUACAAUUUGACCAUGCACUUUUGAAGAAAAGGAGUAUGACCUCUAUCAGCAUAUAAUUGUCAUCUCAGCACAUAGGAUUCUAACAAAUAAGCAACUUCCACACCUGACAGGUCAAUCAACUUAACGGCCUGCUCCCAGUUGGCUUGUUAGCUCAAUUGGUAGAGUGCUGCACUAGUAUCGCAGAGGUCAG